UUUAUGAAAUAUCAUUUGAACAUAUGAAAACGUAAGAUUAUCCACAUUUUCUUCAAUAAAAAUAAGAAAUAUAAUUUAAGGAUGGAAUCUAUCGCUAGUACAUCUAUGGAUAAAACUCUUAUUAUUGAGCACAGUCAAGGUUUAACAUCGGCAGUUCAGGAAGUUGCAACUGGAGUAUUUAAGUGCUCUUAUUGUUCAUUAGAAGAACGCUUUGAUUUCAAGGGUAUCAAAGCGCCAUUCUCACGGCAAUUAAGUUAUACAGAAGAGUGUUAUAUCAUGAAAGAUCCUUUUAGUUUGCCAAAUAAAGGAGAAGUUUUAGUAUUAGGAGCUGAUUGUAAUUUUUGUAAGAAAACUGUAUGUUUAGAAUGCAGUAUAUAUUUUGGGAAACGGCUUUGCUUAAAAUGCGCAUCAAAUAAUAUGCAGAAUUUGCCAUCACAACUGCAUUCGAAAAUAAAGAAUUUAAUAAAGGAGAAAGAUUCAUAAAAAAAAUACUUUAUUGAAUAUUAAAUGUUUGC